AUGGAUGCACAAAAUUUUUUGAGAGUUCUUACAGUGGCUACAUCUGUGUCCUUUUUAUUAUCAUCAUUGAUUCUUCUACUUAGUCAUAACUUAUACACUACUUUUAUAUUAGGUUUUUAUGGAACAUUAUUGUCUAUUUUAAUUCUAUUAUUUGAAUAUUAUGAAAAAUAUUCAAACUAUUUUAUUAAAUUAGUUCCUUCUUUAAAGAAAAACAAUUUUAAAGGAUAUUUUUUGAUAAUAAUUGGUAGCUUAUAUCUUGGUAGAGAAUCAAGGGGAAUGUCUAAUAUCAGUGGAAUGCUUUUAAUAGGUUGUGGUUUUUUUCAUAUCGUAUAUCAUUAUAUUCAUAAUAUGAUUUAUUUGAAAUAUGAUGAAGGCGUGAUUGCUUAUAAAAGGCCUGUAAAUUUAGAUAAUGAUGAUCAUUACGAUGAGUUAGUUAUGUAA